AUGUCUCUCGUAUCCCUCCCACAAGAAUUAGUAGACAUGAUCUUUGCAGAAGGUCUCCGGGUCUCAGAUCUUGGUAAAAUCCGACUGCUAUCCAAAGAUCACAAUGCCAGAUUCGGCGGACUCUUCUGGGACCGGACUCAAUUUUUCAAAACCGUCCGAGUUAGACUCCUACCCGGAAAUAUCAACAAGCUAGUUGCUGCUACUGAGGGGUCCGAAGUAUUGCCCUAUUUGCAACAUGCCACUAUAUCCGCAAGCCAAUUCUGGUACAGCCGUUCACGCCGGGACGAGAAAUUAGACCCUGAAGUCGUCCCGUUACUGACCAAAGCGUUUUCAAUUAUGACAUCUUUAAAAACUAUUGAUGUUGAAGUUAAUAAUGGAACGAAUGCUAUUGGGUUCUGGAAACCGACGAUAGAUGCGAUUAUUGCGGCUGGAACAAAAAAUAUCGAAACAAUCAAUGGUCCUGUAGCUGCCAUUCAAAUGUCGAAAUUCAAACCGCUCGCAACCGCAAAACUGUUGAAGGAUUAUAAAACCACUUUCUGCAACCUGAAAACUUUAAAAAUUCAAACAUCGGUUCAGAUCGAAAAUCCUACGGCCACGACACACUUUUGGUCGAUUAUAGCCGCCAUGGGGACUAAACUUGAAAAUCUCACCGUCAAAAACUCACGAGUCUGCUUUAGGGAUGACCCCACCCCUGGCAAAAGCUCCUCAUACCAAUCCAAAGGCUUCUCUCUUCCCGAGUUAAAAAGGCUUAAACUCGUGGAUGUUGCCAUUACGUCGGGAGAUUUAAAGGCUCUCUUAGGAAACUCUGAUGGCAUCGAAUCCAUUAGUAUCAAUGAAUGUCGGAUGCCGAACGAAAAGGAUGAUUGGUUCGAAGUUCUGAGAUAUCUCAGAAGCGAACGGUUUCCACAGUUAAACUCGCUUUAUUUAGCCAUGAGCGCAUGCUAUAAUGAAGUCUCCUAUGACCUUCCAAAAUUCAGCAUUGAAGGAGAUUGGACGACAGAGGAUUGUUCUGUUACACUACCAUCCGGGAAACGCGCCAAUUACGUUUGGAAGAAAAACCUAUGGAGGGAGCUUGGAAAGCACAAAACUGUAGACAAAUUCUGGAACUCGGUCACGGAUAAGAAGUGGAAGUCGAAACAAGCGACACGAUGGAAGAGACGGCGGUUGGUUAACGAUGGGUGGAAGCUUGAAAUGAGACAAUUUGGGGACCCUGAUUAUAUUGAUGAUGAUGAUCCUUGGGUUCGAAGAGUGAACGAUAGAUAUCAAGGGGAGCUUGAUCUCAUCGACGCAGAGGUUGAUGACUGA